AUGCAGAGUUCUAUUAAGAUAGUUGAUGGAAAGUCAACAAACUGCUUACAAGCCGAUAGCUCCAAAACCAUCAACCUCAAAGUCGACGAAGAGCCAACCCGUCGAAACAUUGAACAAGACCCUCCUCAUGGUGAUGUCAUGCAGAUUUCUAAAAAGACUGUGAGUGGAAAGAACACAAUCAACAUAGAGGCGGAUUGCUCCAAAAUCAUCGACCUUAAGAUCAGUGAUGACCAAACCCGUCGAAAUUCUCGAUCGAACGUUCGUAAUGGUGAAAUCAUGCAGAUUUUUGUAAGGAUUUUUACAGGAAAGUUAACCCCCUUGAAUUGUGAAGACGUCGACACCAUCGAAAACGUCAGGGCUAAGAUCCAGGAUAAAGAGGGCAUUCUCCCGGACCAGCAGAGACUUAUCUUUGGUCGCAAACAGCUUGAGAAUGGUUGGACACUGGCUGACUACAACAUCAAGAAUGGCUCGACCAUUAACUUAAUUCUACGUCUCUAA